CCAUGGCUUCUCCCUUCCCCGUGCCCAGAUGGACUCCAAGCCCAAGCCCUACGAGGCCUCUCCGCCCUCUGGUCGUCGAAGAAGACGACAUAGAGAUGCAUGACUUGAGGACCAGCGUCGAUGCUCGGGGAGGCAUCGACAGGUCAUUCCCUUUCAGUGGUACAUUUGCUCCUCCACCCCAUGUUCACCCUCGCUUUCAUCACGACAGCCGAGAAGAAUUCGAGAGCUUGCCGGAGAUGGAUGUGGUGAACACGUCGUUCAAAGAGAAGGUACCAAGCUGGGGCGUGGUUGGCCAUGAAGACCUCGAGAGCAACCACAAAAAUAAUCCUGGUGUCUUCCUCACAUGGGAAGAUCUCUGGGUCUCGGCAUCGGAUGGCAAAGGAGGGCGUGUCCCGAUCCUUCGCGGGCUUAAUGGUUAUGCAAGCCCGGGUGAGGUCUUGGCCAUCAUGGGACCAUCCGGUUGUGGCAAGUCUACACUUCUUGACACGCUUGCAGGAAGACUAGGAUCAAACGUAGGCCAAAGGGGAGAAAUCUUAAUCAAUGGCCAAAAGCAGAAACUUGCAUUUGGGACAUCAGCUUAUGUGACACAAGAUGAUGUACUGAUGACGACGCUCACCAUCAGAGAAGCUGUGUACUACUCGGCACAGCUCCAGCUGCCGGAAUCCAUGUCGAGGGCCGAGAAGAGGGAGAGGGCGGAGGCGACCAUCCGAGAGAUGGGGUUGGGAGGCGCCAUGGAUACAAGGAUAGGGGGGUGGGCUUCCAAGGGCAUCAGUGGUGGCCAGAAGAGGAGAGUGAGCAUCUGCAUGGAGAUUCUGACCAGGCCUGAGCUUCUCUUCCUCGACGAGCCGACCAGCGGGCUCGACAGCGCUGCGUCGUACCAUGUGAUGAACAGGAUAUCCAGGCUAGCUCGCCGGGAGGGGAUGACCGUCGUCGCGGCCAUCCACCAGCCCAGCAGUGAAGUUUUUGAUCUCUUUCAUGGCCUUUGCCUCCUGGCUUACGGCGAAACGGUGUACUUUGGCCCAGCUUCAACGACCAGCGAGUUCUUCGCUUUGAAUGGCUUCCCGUGUCCACCUCAUCGAAAUCCUUCAGAUCAUUACCUUAGGACAAUCAACAAAGACUUUGAGAAGGAUAUCGAAGAAGGCCCUAAAGUUAAUCCAAUAACCACGGCUGAAGUAAUUGAGACCCUUGUGAAAUCUUAUAAGUCCUCCAUUAUUUCACAACAAGUAGCUCAACAAAUUGCAGAGAUUCGUGGAAGGGGAGGAGCUCUGGUGAAGAAAGGAAGUCAAGCUAGCUUCUUAACUCAAUCCCUGGUCCUCACCAGAAGGUCCUUUGUGAACAUGUACAGAGAUUUGGGCUACUACUGGUUGCGAUUUGCCAUUUAUAUUGCGCUUUGCCUCUGUGUAGGCACCAUAUACCAUGAUGUUGGCCAUACUUAUGGUUCAAUUCAGGCCAGAGGUUCUAUGCUCAUGUUCAUAGCUGCAUUCCUGACUUUUAUGGCAAUAGGGGGAUUUCCAUCUUUCGUGGAGGACAUGAAGGUCUUUGGACGAGAAAGACUGAACGGGCAUUAUGGUGUCACUGCAUUUGUGAUCGCCAACACUCUUUCUGCCACUCCAUACUUGGCUCUCAUCUCUGUAGCACCAGGGGCCAUGGCCUACUACCUUGUUGGCCUUCAGAGGAGAAUAGAUCACUUUGCCUACUUUGCUCUGGUGCUGUUCAUGUGCAUGAUGCUAGUUGAGGGCUUGAUGAUGAUUGUUGCAAGCAUCGUCCCAGACUUCCUGAUGGGCAUCAUAACUGGGGCUGGAAUCCAGGGAGUGAUGAUGCUGAACGGCGGCUUCUUCCGGUUGCCCGACGACCUCCCCAAGCCGGUGUGGCGAUAUCCGAUGUACUACAUUGCCUUCCAUAAGUAUGCUAACCAAGGCUUCUACAAGAAUGAGUUCUUGGGUCUAACUUUCCCCAACAACCAAGCAGGGGGCCCUCCCACCAUUACUGGUGAAGAGAUUCUGAGAGACACCUGGCAAGUUGAAAUGGGGUACUCCAAGUGGAUUGAUCUUGCUAUAUUAUUCGGUAUGGUUAUUCUGUAUAGGGUCUUAUUCUUGCUCAUUGUAAAGAUAACGGAGAAGGUUAAGCCCAUGAUGAAUGCUCUACUGGUGAAGCCUCCUAAGCAAUCCACCCAUGUUAUGGAGCGGCCGUCGUCUGGACGCUCAGAGUGACUUCCAUGCACUAAAAUGGUUUAGUUGUGAUCUUCUGUAGUAGACUUGAACUCUUUCAUUCCUCACGAGAGGAAAAGUAUAUUUCAGUACAUUUCGUAGUGAACUCUCACAUCAAAAAUAUUGCUCUGUAGUAAA